AUGAGGCUUGUCAAAAACAAGAUUGAGCAUGAUGGCUCAGGAACGGUCACUUUGAUCCCUGAAGAGCCUGAAGACAUGUGGCACUGCUACAACCUGAUCCGACCAGGAGACCUUCUUCGCGCCAGCGCUAUCCGCCGUGUGACCACAGUCCAAGACACCGGAUCUACCAGCUCCGCACGAGUACAUUUAAAUCUCGUUAUUCGCGUCAAGACUCUUGAUUUCGACCCACAGAGCUCCCAACUGCAUGUAUCAGGCCAAAUCGCAAAUGAAACGGCGCACACAAAAAUCGGUCAAUUCCACACCCUCGACCUAGAGCUGAACCGCAACUUCACACUAGAAAAAGAAGUUGGUGCUGAUGGAGAAGGCGUGGGAUGGGACAGUAUUGCGGUGGAGCAGCUCAAAGAUGCAGUAGAUGAGGGUGGAAAACGCCGUGCCGAGGCUGUUGCCGUUGUGAUGCAGGAGGGCCUCGCACAUAUUUGCUUUAUUGGUCAAUUCCAAACAAUAAUGAAGCAGAAAGUGGAGAUGUCUGUCCCGCGCAAACGCCAGGGUGGCGGGGAUCACGAUAAAGGAAUGGACAAAUUUUAUCGCGUAACCUUGGAAUCCCUUUUACGACAAAUGGAGUUCAAUACUAGCCUCACAUCCGGUUCUAACAAUGAAGUCGUACGACCCGUUCUACUAGCUUCCCCGGGCUUUGUCGCUGCGGGAUUCCAAAAAUACAUUCAGUCCGAGGCGUCGACAAAAACUCCCGCGCUGAAGAAACUACUUCCUAGCAUUGUGGUCGUGCACUCCGCAUCAGGAUAUACCAGUUCAUUAGCAGAGGUUCUUCAAUCACCCGCAGUCAAGAGUCUCUUGGCCGAUACUAAAUAUGCCCGCGAAACAAAAUUAAUGGACGACUUUAUGGACCAGUUACGCAAAGAGACCAACAAGGCUACAUACGGUCCCCGCGAAGUUGAAUCUGCGGUUGAACAGGGCGCUGUCGGUCGCGGUGGUGGUGUAUUGAUUAUUUCAAACCGUCUUUUCCGGUCACAAAAUAUUAGUGAACGGAAACGAUGGGUGACACUGGUGGACCGUGUGAGAGAUGUGGAGGGUGGUGAGGUACGAAUUCUCAGCUCGGAUCAUGAGAGUGGGAAGCGUCUUGAAGGAUUAGGAAGCGUUGCCGCGCUAUUGACAUUCCCCAUUACUGACGAAGAGUGGGAUUCUGACGAGGAUUAA